CUGGGUCGCCCAGCCUUAGCCCGGGUAUCAGGCGAGAGGCGGAGCCGCCCGGCGUGCUCCGCCCCCGCGGCAGAAAGGGUUGGGCGAGUGUUACUCGCGGUCAGGGCUGGGACCUUUUAUCUGUGCUGCUGAAGGAGGUAGGAGGAGGAGACUUCGGGGGUGGUCCUGGGUGCCUGGGACACCUUUACUGGACUAUAAAUUGAGUACCUGGGAUGGGCAGGGGGCUGAAGCAGCCACCGCCACCCGCACUCACACUCCGAUCGGUGACCGCAGCAGCGCCCUUGGGCAGCCACCGUCCGCAACACAAACACUGAGAACCGGGAGAUCUCGCAGCGCAAGAGGUCAAGGCUAGACCCAGCCUCCCACUGUCAUCGCGAGCCAAAGCUAGGAGCAGCCGCGCAUCACGAAGGGCUGGGCUGCGACAGAAACCAGAGUUACAGAGGGCGGAGAAGGAUCUGGGAAUCCCGCGUCACCGGCUACAAGCAGGCUCCGGCCCCGGCCCCUGAGAGCGCUUGAAGGCAGCAUCGCCAGCGGUCUAGCUCGGUUUACCAGCGUCCCAGUGUUUCCGCACCCUCUCGGCCACCAUGAUGCAAAUCUGCGACACUUACAACCAGAAGCACUCGCUCUUUAACGCCAUGAAUCGCUUCAUUGGCGCGGUGAACAACAUGGACCAGACCGUGAUGGUGCCCAGUCUGCUGCGCGACGUGCCCCUCUCCGAGCCAGAGCUAGACAACGAGGUCGAGGUCGGCGUGGAGGUAGGAGGCAGUGGCAGCUGCCUGGAGGAGCGCACGACCCCGGCCCCCAGCCCCGGCAGCGCCAAUGGAAGCUUUUUCGCGCCCUCCCGGGACAUGUAUAGCCACUACGUGCUGCUCAAGUCCAUCCGCAACGACAUCGAGUGGGGAGUCCUGCACCAGCCAUCAUCUCCGCCGGCCGGGAGCGAGGAGAGCACCUGGAAGUCCAAGGACAUCCUAGUGGGCCUGAGCCACUUGGAGAGCACAGAUGCGGGCGAGGAAGAUCUGGAGCAGCAGUUCCACUACCACCUGCGCGGGCUGCACACCGUGCUCUCCAAACUCACCCGCAAAGCCAACAUCCUCACCAACAGAUACAAGCAGGAGAUCGGCUUCAGUAAUUGGGGCCACUGAGGCGGGUCUCUUCCCCGCUGCCCAGUACCCUCUCCGGCUGGCUCUCCCACCCCUCUCUUUCCUCCAAGCUAUUUUCUUCCUGGUUGUGGGGCGAAGGGCACACUGUAAAGUUGGGCUGUGUACGUGGUUGGGUGGGGGGGUUGUGUGGAAAAGAGGGCCUCAUCGCGAGAGCAGAGGAAAGUAGUCGCCAGAGAGGGGGGUUCAAGGACCCCCGGAGGGGGCCUGCUCUGUGUUGGUGGGAAUGGGACUGGGCCGACGUCCUUCAUUCAGCCUGUGCCUUUCUUGGGGUUUCUUUUCUGUUUUCUUUCCGGAAGAGAAGGGUCUGAGAAAGGGCCAUGCCAGGGCACAGCGCUGGGUUGCCACACAUGGGAGGGCAGCUUCUGACUGGGUGCGGGUGCAGGGGGGAGGCGGGGCGCAGCCUCCUGCCCGCCCUGCUUUGAGCCGCAAGAGGAGGCCCUGGCGUUGCUAGGAUUGCGUCAGUUUUCCUGUUUGCACUAUUUUCUUUUUGUAACAGUGACCCUGUCUUAAGUAUUUCCAAUCUCUUUGCUCUGAAACUUCGUCGAUUCCAUUGUGAUAAGCGCACAAGCAGCACUGUCGGUAACCGGUACUACUUUAUUAAUGAUUUUCUGUUACACUGUACAGUAGUCCUGUGGCACCCCAUCCCUUUCACGCCGCCCCUCCCCCACCCCGUGUCUGUAAACUGGCUGUGCGCCAGCUUGGAUGAAGCUUGCCACUCGGCCAGCGAAAAUAAUAACAUUAUUAUGAGAAAGUGGAUUUAUCUAAAGUGGAACCAACUGACAUUCUAUCCGUGUUGUACGUAGAAUGAUGAAGGGCUCCACUGUUGUUAUAUGUCUUGUUUAUUUAAAACUUUUUUUAAUCCAGAUGUAGACUAUAUUCUAAAAAAUAAAAAAGCAGAUGUGUUCACUAAA